AGUAAGACAAAAAGAGCAGCCGAGGAAGGGAACUGAGCCUGAGGAAGAGCAAAAGGCAUAUCAGAGGGGAGGCAUUUCAGGGAAUCCCCAUGAUCUGAAGUCACUCUCCGCCUCACACCAAAAGAACGUUUCUUGGUGAGAAGAUGGAGAUUUCACCACCAGGUGAUGAAGAAGAUGGAAACAGACUAGCCCAUAAAUAUCUCCCCAAAAGCACCCUGGUGGAGAAAGGGCAUCCUGCAAUCUUUGCUCUUCCACUGAAGAAGGGAGGGUCCGAAGCCUCCCUGCCUUCCCGAAAGUACCAGCUAGGAAAAGAGAACUUGCAGGUCUUCCACAAGGUGAUCAUGCUGAUGGGAGCAACGGGGUCAGGGAAAACCACCCUCAUUAAUGGGAUGAUCAAUUAUAUCCUGGGGGUCCAGUGGGGAGACAACUUCCGAUACAAACUGAUUCAUGAAAUUACAAACAGAAGCCAAGCAGAAAGCCAGACACAAGAAGUGACCGCCUAUGUGGUGAAUCAUCGCAAAGGUUUCCAUGUCCCCUAUUCCCUCACUAUCAUUGACACCCCAGGCUUUGGAGACACCAGAGGCAUCGAACGUGACAAGCUGAUUACCCAACAAAUCAGGGAGUUCUUCUCCACCCCAGGAUGCAUUGACCACAUUGAUGCCGUCUGCUUUGUGGUCCAGGCCCCCUUAGCUCGUUUAACUCAUGCCCAGAAAUAUGUGUUUGAUUCAGUGCUCUCCAUUUUUGGGAAAGAUAUCAAGGACAAUAUCCAAGUCCUGGUCACAUUUGCAGAUGGGCAAACACCCCCCGUUCUAGAAGCCAUAAAAGUGGCUGAUGUGCCAUGUGCGAAAGAUGCUGAGGGCACCCCUAUUCAUUUUCAGUUCAAUAAUUCUGUACUUUUUGCCAAGAAUACUGGAGAUAAAAAAGGAAAUGGCACCUUGUUUGCCCAAAUGUUUUGGAAUCUGGGCUCAGGGAGCAUGAAGAUCUUUUUUGAUUCGUUAUAUGCACUCGAAAUGAAAAGUUUGACUUUGACAAAGGAAGUUCUCCGGGAACGGCAAGAGCUUGAAACUGCCGUGGAAGGACUACAGCCCCAAAUCAACGCCGGCCUGGUCAAGCUGGAAGAGCUGAGGAAGACACAGCAAGCCCUGGAUCAGCACAAGGAUGACAUGGCGGCCAACCGAAACUUUGAGUACGAGGUCGAGAAAACUGUGCAGGUGAAGAUGGACAUUGCCGGCACCAGGAAGCAUGCAACUAACUGUGGCCUUUGUUCCUACACAUGUCACUAUCCCUGCACAAUUGCGAAUGAUGCCCUCAGGCGCUUCUGUUCAGCUAUGCGUUUGCUGAAAGGAACAUGCAGGGUUUGCCCUGGCCAGUGUGCACUGAGUGCUCACCUCAUCGAGACAUACAGGUAUGACUAUAAAACCAUCAAAGAGAAAAGGACCUAUGAGGAGCUGAAGCAAAAGUAUGAGCGUGCCUCUGGAGAGGUGAUGACCACAGAGAAGGUGCUUGAAAAUCUCCACAAAGAAUACCGAGCGGUGAAAAAUGUCUUGCUGGACCUUCUCAGGAGAUCAUCCGAAAGCCUCCAGCGCCUGCGGGAAAUUGCGCUGAAGCCCAACCCUCUCUCCACCCCAGACUACAUCGACCUCCUCAUCCUAUCAGAACAGCAGGAAAGGAAGCCUGGAUAUCUGGAAAGAAUCUGGUCUCUGAAGGAAGUGAGGAAAGUGGCUGAGAUCAUCCAGAAGAUCGCCAACAAGGAGCCUCUGCUGCCAGAAGAGGAGGACCUUUAUAAGCAGGAUGAACCAAAAGCCCCUUUCACUCUGGACAAACAGAAGAGAAGGACGAUUAUUGCAAGAUGGCUUAAAUAAAGAACAUAAAGAGCC